UUUCAGAGAGCGCGGUCGAAUGCGGUACCUCCGGUCCAAGCACAUCCGCAAGGCGCUGCGCCAGUUCCAGUUCCUCUGCGGCAUCAAGCCGCCGUACAAGGUGCUCCUCGAUGGCAACUUCAUCGCCAUGUGCAUCAAGAUGAACGUCGACAUUGCGAGUCGCGUGCCCAAGUUCCUUCAGACUGACAAGUGCCACUUCUUCGUCACGUCGGCUGCGAUCGCCGAGCUCUCGCUGCUCAGCAGCAGCGACAAGGACAUGCUCGCGGCGUAUACGCUCGCCAAGACCUUCCAGACUGUCGAUGGCAACUCCAACAAGAGCGUGACAGAGGCCAUGCUGAGCGCGGUCGGCGACCGCAACGACCGCAAGUACAUUGUGGCCACGCAGGAAACCGAGCUGCGUAGCGCGCUGCGCCGCGUGCCCGGCGUGCCGCUCAUCUACCUCAACCGCUCGGUGCUUGUCUUUGAAGACAUGUCGGAUGCGACGCUCAAGAUCUCGCGCAAGGACGACCACGCGAAAAUGACCAAGCUCAACCCGGACGAGGCCUCGAAACUCGAGGCCGUGCGCGCCGAGUCGGGCAUCACGGCCCACAUCGACGACGGCUCCAAGCCGCGAGCACUGAAGAAGGCGAAGGCGCCCAACCCGCUCUCGAUGAAGAAGAGCACCAAGAAGAAAGUUCGCGCCAAGAAGACCAAGUCGGCUUAAUCGAGGCGUCCUCCCGUCCAUUGCUUUUUUAUAUAUCAGAUUUCAGCGAUCGUAUUCCAUCGUAGCUACACAAUCAAUGUGCGGAGGUGCGAGAUGAGCAAGUCGACUUCCUCGACCGUGUUGUAGUGGGCCAUCGAGACGCGGACCGCGCCACCGUGCUUGGCCAUGCCGAGCGGCUCGACGAGGUGGACGGCGUAAAAGUGGCCAAACCGCACACCAAUGUUGACGCGGUCCAUGUGCGCGACAAUGGACGAGAUGAUCAACGGGCGAUGUCAUGGCGACCUCCGAGAGACCGAGCACCUUGACCUUGGGCUGCGACCGAAGGUACGAAAGGAGGCGCUCCGAGAGGGCGCGGUUCGAGGCGCCGCUGGGCGCGCCGAGGAGCUUGCCCAUGGCCUGAAAGUACUCUGGGAUCGCGCUGCAGCCAUGCGAGAGCUCGAAGUUGACGUUGCCGGGCUGGAGCUUGUACGGAAGGUCGUCGGCCGCAAUGAACUCGUGGUUGAGACUCGAGAGCGAGAUGAGAAAGUCGCGGUGGCCCCACAUGACGGCGUAGUGCGGGCCAAAGACCUUGUAAAAGCUAAAGACGUAAAUGUCGGCG